ACGUGUCCUCGGCUCCCUCGGCCAGUCCAGGCCCCGCCCCCGGCCCUCCCUGCGCCCGGCCGGUGCUCGGGGAGGUCGGAGGAGCGGGCACUGCCCACCCUCCGGAUGUAUAAGCCUCCCGGCCAGGGGCGGGCGGUGCGCGGGUGCGCGUGACGCUCGGGUUCCCGGGCUAGGCGGCCUGGGCGGUGUCCCUCGGCUCAGGGUCCCCGGGCGCGACUGUGAGCCGCCCACAGGGGCCCGGGAGCCGCUCGCGGGGCCAGGUCCUGUCCCUGGGCACCGAGGAAAGGACGACCCUGCAGCCCUGGGGCCUUCCGCCCGUGGCCGCUGCCGGAGCCUGGACGGUCCUCUCCACGCCCAGCAGAAGCCACAGAACGCACCGCGCAUCCGGCCCCUGGGUCCUCCGAGCCUGUGAAGCCGUUGGGAUCCCCAGCCGGCAUGCACUUCAGCACCGUCACCAGGGACAUGGAAGCCUUCACGGCCAGCAGCCUGAGCGGCCUGGGGGCGGCGGGGGGCUUCCCGGGCGCCGCGUCGCCCGGCGCCGACCCGUACGGCGCGCGCGAGCCCCCGCCGCCGCGCUACGAGCCGUGCUCCGCCGCCGCGCCGGGAGCCCCGGGCCCGCCGCACGCCUACCCGUUCGCGCCGGCCGCCGGGGCUGCCAGCAGCGCCGCGGAGCCCGAGGGCCCCGGGUCUAGCUGCGUGGCCGCCGCCAAGGCGCCGGUGAAGAAGAACGCGAAGGUGGCCAGCGUGAGCGUGCAGCUGGAGAUGAAGGCGCUGUGGGACGAGUUCAACCAGCUGGGCACCGAGAUGAUCGUCACCAAGGCCGGCAGGCGCAUGUUCCCCACCUUCCAAGUGAAGCUGUUUGGCAUGGACCCCAUGGCUGACUACAUGCUCCUCAUGGACUUUGUGCCCGUGGACGACAAGCGCUACCGGUAUGCCUUCCACAGCUCGUCCUGGCUGGUGGCCGGAAAGGCAGACCCCGCCACGCCGGGCCGCGUCCACUACCACCCCGACUCGCCGGCCAAGGGGGCCCAGUGGAUGAAGCAGAUUGUCUCCUUCGACAAGCUCAAGCUGACCAACAAUCUGCUGGAUGACAACGGCCAUAUCAUUCUCAACUCCAUGCACAGAUACCAGCCACGCUUCCACGUGGUCUACGUGGACCCACGCAAAGACAGCGAGAAGUACGCGGAGGAAAACUUCAAAACCUUCGUGUUUGAGGAGACGCGUUUCACCGCAGUCACCGCCUACCAGAAUCACCGGGCCCCGGAAUCACAGGCCCGGCGCGCUGCCGCUUAUGAGCGCGUUCGCCCGCUCGCGCAACCCCGUGGCCUCCCCCACGCAGCCCAACGGCGCGGAGAAAGACACGGCCGAGGCCCGGCGAGAGUUCGAGCGCGACGCGGGCGGCCCGGCGGGGCUCGGGGACCCGGCGCACCCGCCGCAGCUGCUGGCGCGGGUGCUCAGCCCCGCGCUGCCCGGGCCCGGGGUCCCGCUGCCCGGUGCGCCCGGAGGCCGGCCCAGCCCCCCGCACCCCGAGCUGCGCCUGGAGGCGCCCGGCGCGUCGGAGCCGCUGCACCACCACCCCUACAAGUACCCGGCCACCGCCUACGACCACUACCUCGGGGCCAAGAGCCGGCCGGCGCCCUACCCGCUGCCCGGCCUGCGCGGCCACGGCUUCCACGCACACCCGCACCCGCACCCGCACCCGCACCACCACCCGGCUGUGAGCCCCGCCGCCGCCGCUGCCGCGGCCGCUGCCGCCGCCGCCGCCGCCGCCAGCAUGUACUCGUCGGCCGGGGCCGCGCCGCCGGGCUCCUACGACUACUGCCCCAGAUAGUGCGCGCGCCUGCCCGGGACCCGGGCCACGCGGCCGCGGGGCCUCCCCCUGCCAGCCCCAGGGCGGCCCGAGGACCCCGCUCCCAGGCCCCGGAACCCCCGGGGCGCGCCGUCAGCGCCGAAGUGCGCGGUGCGCGCGGGAAGGAAGUGGUAUUUAUUGUUCUCGGCGAGGCCGCGACGGCCCCGGCCCUCCCGCCCUCCCCCCCUCGCCCCGGUCUGGCCGCUGCAGCGGGACGACCCGAGAACCCCCGUCUGCAGGCGGUGUGGUGUAGAUACUUGUAGAUAUUUGUAGAUAAACUGUAGAUACCGCGCCGGCGCCGCCUUGAUAAACGGUUUCGCCUCUUUUGGAA